GCUUUUCCAGUUUCCACAAGAAAUUCCAAAUAUUGCAAGACUAUAAAUAUGCCAAAUAAUAUAUAUAUUCAAAAUAAGAAGAAGAUUUAACGAGAGUUUUGAAUGAGCUGAGAGCAGUGUAGCUACAAAGAAAACAACAGAAAUUCGUUUGAUUGAUUCGGAAUUGGACACUCUGAUUUUAGCGAUUGCUUUCCGUUGAAUGAAAUUCAAUGUCGUCGUCGCCUUCAUCGAUACUCGCGCCGACUCAGAGGUACGCCGCCGCCGCCCUUCUCGGGUUGGCCCUUUACCAGGCCCAGAUCCACCAGACCCGUCCUUUGGGGGUUCCCUCCGAUGGCAACGAAGACCUAACCCAGGAUCGCAUCAGCAGUGGUAGCAGCAGCAGCAGCGAUUCCGUCUCCGAAGACCCACAGCUUUGGGUGCACCAGUCAUCCUCUCUCCUCCGUCCUGUCUUCAAGUUUCUAGAGAUCGAUCCUAUAGCAUGGACUGGACUUGAGGAAACUGCCGGUAAUGGACCGGCCAAUCGUCAUGUGGGAGCGUUUCUCAGGUUACUCUCUGAGGGAAGUGGGGAUGCUUCUUCUGAAGUACUGGAAAGGGAAAUUACUUUGGCAAACAGUAUAGAUUCUAUGGCAUCAAGCAUAGAGAAAACUGUUGAUCUUGAAUCUGAGAAGGAGAAGCUGCGUGAAUAUGAGAAUGAAUGCAGAGAGAAAUUCUCAACUGCUGACUCAGAGUCAAAUCCUGAAGGGGAAGCUACUCAUGUUGAAAAUCAACCGGAGACUGAGACCCUUGUCAAACCAUCUAGCAGUGGACAUGCACAUAUGGAGCCUAUUAGUGGGUUUGAUGAAAAGCCAGCACAAGACUUAAAGGUCCUUUCAUAUAAUAGGAAAUUGACAGUCCUGUACGAACUUCUUUCAGCAUGUCUGGCAGCUACACCAGAGGAUAAUAAAAAUGCUUCUACUCAACGAAGAAGGGGCUAUGAUGCUCGAUAUCGUGUGUCUUUGCGGUUACUUGCAACCUGGUUUGAUGUCAAAUGGGUUAAAGUGGAAGCUAUUGAGACCAUGGUUGCUUGUUCAGCAAUGGCUUUAUUGAAAGCCCAAGAAUCCAAGGAAGAAGCCGAAUCUUCUAAAAGCAGAUGGGCUAAGUGGAGACGUGGAGGUAUCAUAGGUGCAGCAGCAUUGACAGGAGGAACAUUAAUGGCGAUUACUGGUGGUUUAGCUGCUCCAGCCAUUGCUGCAGGGUUUGGUGCUUUAGCUCCAACAUUGGGAACUCUUGUUCCUGUGAUUGGAGCAAGUGGGUUCGCUGCGGUUGCCACUGCUGCAGGAAGUGUUGUUGGCUCUGUCGCAGUUGCUGCAUCAUUUGGAGCUGCCGGAGCGGGACUUACAGGGUCUAAAGUGGCUCGGAGAAUGGGAGAUGUUGAUGAAUUUGAGUUUAAAACAAUAGGGCAAAACCAUAACAAAGGCCGGCUAGCAGUUGAGAUAUUAAUCACUGGAUUUGUUUUCGAGGAGAGUGAUUUUUUUAGACCUUGGGAAGGCGAAUACAAUAACUUGGAAAGAUAUGCACUGCAGUGGGAGUCUAAGCAUCUAAUGGCUGUAAGCUAUGCAAUUAGGAAUUGGCUUACUUCAAGUAUUGCUCUUGAAUUAAUGAAGCGAGGUGCCAUGAUGACAGUAUUGAGCUCUUUCUUAACAGCCUUGGCUUGGCCAGCAACAUUACUUGCUCUUACUCAUUUUAUUGACAGUGAAUGGACAAUUGCUGUAGACAGAUCUGAUAAGGCUGGAAUACUGCUGGCAGAGGUUCUGCAGAAAGGAUUGCAAGGGCACAGGCCUGUGACACUAGUUGGUUUUUCGCUGGGGGCAAGAGUAAUCUUCAAAUGUCUUCAGAUUUUGGCUGCCAGUGGCAAUAAUGCCGGACUUGUAGAAAGAGUUGUUCUUCUUGGGGCGCCAAUUAGGAUUAGAGAUGUGAACUGGGAAGCAGUUAGAAAGGUGGUGGCUGGGAGGUUUAUUAAUGUCUAUUCUACAAAUGAUUGGAUGCUUGGAAUUGUCUUUCGUGCUAGUCUCCUGAGUCAAGGGCUAGCUGGGAUUCAACCGGUUGAUGUUCCUGGAGUCGAGAAUGUUGAUGUAACAGAACUGAUUGAUGGCCACUCUGCAUAUUUGUGGACUAGCCAAGAGAUUCUAGAACUGCUUCAGCUGGACACAUAUUAUCCUGUUUUUGGUCGCGCUUCGAGAUAGGACUUGCGUCAUAUUUUGCCGUUGAUUUUCAGCUUACAAGACAGGGUACAGAAUUCAAAACUGAGGAAGGGGGUGUAAACUGUAAAGGGGUUAUUCUUGCUGUUGUAAAUACACCAUAUCUCUUCUCUUCAGAACUUUUACAAUGGCUUUGAAACUUAGAAGAUAUGUAAUUCCAAUAGAAUUUCAUUACUCUGAGAAUGAGAGAUUUUCAUUGAUGUUUUUUGAAAUUGUAAUUGCACCAUGUAACUUAGAAGAUUGAUAAUUUAAUAAUGAUGAGGGGGAGUUGUUA